GGUGCUCUUGUUCCUUUGUUAUUGUGAGCAUUUUAUUUUGUUUUGUUUUACCUUUCGCGCACCUGUUCUAUCUCUAAUUCGAUCAGAAUCCAAUAUACUUUCAACCUCAACACUAAAUAAUGGACGACACACAAAAGGAGCAGCUCAUGACGCCCGGGCCAGCAGUCCCUGCGCCAGAAAUAACCCCGAGCCUCCGUCUCUCGUCGCUAACCCGGCGCGAGGAAAACUCGGUAAUAGAACUGCGACGCAAACAAGCCUGCCAGAGAUGCGCUGCCUCCGUUGGGCUGUUCUCCGAAUGCAGCGCACAGUACACAGUAGGUGUUGUGUGGAAAUGCAGGGCACUGAAGGAUAUAAUGAAUGAGUGUUUGCGGCGCGCGAAUACUGUGGAUGAUAUGGAUCGUGCGAGAUCUAUAUUUCUGGACGAGAAGCAGAAGGGCUUGGCUGCGAAAAAGGACAAGCCGCGGACGCUGAUAUAAGGAAAAAGAAAAAGAAAGGAAAAAAGCAGUUUUCCUUUUGCUUUUUUUUUUUUAAUAAAAGGAUUAAUUUUAUUUUAGAGAAUUUCUUAA